GCUGUCCAUGUCAGGGAAUCCUACUAACUCUUCUGUGCCGGCCGGCAAGUACACUUUUUUUUUUCUUCCUCCAGGAUUUCAAAGGUUUUUGGGGCAAUUGGGAUUAAGAACCACUUCCCAGAAAGCUCCUGUCCAACAGUCCAAUGAUGACUUCUGUGCAGUGGUAUUUUGUAUCGGUGCUGGCAUUUUGCACCACAAGCCCAGCUUGUGCUCUUGAAAUCAGCUCCAACAAGCCCUACUACGCGGACAAAGGAUCAAACGUCACACUUGAUUGCAAGAACCCACAUCCCUCUGACAACGCAAAGAGCGUAGUGCAGUGGAAAAUUACAUCGUCAAAAAAUGAUCAGAUUCUUUUUAUUCAUAAAGACCGUAACAAUUUGGAUAAGAAAAGCAGGAUUCACUUUACAUCUCUCCACCCCUACAAUGGAGACGCUUCCAUAAGUAUCAGCGACCUGCGUAUGUCAGAUGCUGGGACCUACCAGUGCCACCUGAUGAGCGGUACUGAAGAAAUCGUGAAAACCAUGAAACUGACAGUUAGGGAGAAGCUGAGCACACCGGUGUGUGCCGUGGAAGGAGAGCCUGUGGGGAGUAAUGACGUGACGCUCAAAUGCAAAUCGUCACAAGGCACUCCUCCGCUGAUGUACAGCUGGACAAAGACGAGUGGAAACCAGAAGAAGCCCCCUAACGCCAUUGAAGACGCCACAGGAGGGAACUUGUUUGUAAAAAGGAUCUCAGGGGACAACUGCGGAAGCUAUCUCUGUACGGUCGAAAGCCUGCUGCUUGAUACCAAACACUGUGAGAUCCUACUUAAGUGUCCAUCGUCAUCAUCGAACAAGAGCGAUGCAACCAAUUUCAGUGAGAUACUACUAACUUGUCCAGAGUCACCGCCGAUAACAAGCAAUGGAAAGAAAGUGAUUAUAGCAGUGGCUGUGACUGCUGUGCUUUUGCUGGCCAUUGUCUUCGUUAUCAGUUUUUGGUACUUGAGGAAAAAUCGUGGAGAGCUAGUCAUCAAUGAAACAGUGACCGAAUAGUUUUCCAAUGAGAAAACCUUCCGACAAGGUGAAGGACAAGCAUUUUUCUGUAGUUUUUGUUCCUACAGGUACAUUCGUUUUAUGAUGAGGUAGGCGCUCUUGGAGGAUGACACCCUGUGGCAACACCAUCCAUUUUCUAUAACAUUUGUCAUGCAACAUAACUUGAGGUUAUGUACGCAUGAAACACACAAGUUUGUCCUAGCUGUCCUUUUAAUGGACUCCUAAUCUCAACGUGUUACGUAGAUAAGACACCAAUAACCGAAACAAACCUUUUCACCACCACAAGCAAGCCCAAACCUGUCAAAAGAUUAUAACUCAUGAAUGGAAUAAAUAUACAUUAACAGUCAGUCGCCCUCAGUCUGGAGCCUAUGCAAGAUUUCCCCUGGUACGGUAAGGAUGGAAAUACAAUAGUUACACACUUUGCUGUAAUGGUUUGGAAUCCUGCAGUGCCUGCACCUUGUGGUGCCAGCUCAAGAAGACACAUGAACAGACCUGAAGUUUGAGAACACACAAAUUACUUGGACAUGGCUUGCGGAAAAGCUUUUCUCCACCAAGUACUGUGUGACGUUUUGCAUAACGUAUGAUUAACGUUAAUUCCUAACCUUUAAUGUAUUUUAUCAGGUUUUUAUUUACAUUGUGACUCUUUGUGAAAACUACAUAGGUAACAUUGAGAACUCCACUAAAGUGUGAAGUGAAUUAUAUUUAUAUAGCGCUUUUCUCUACUAGACUCAAAUAACACAUGUGUGAGUGGCACUGGGAGCAGGUGGUCAAAGUGUCUUGCCCAAGGACACAACAACAGUGAAAGGCAGAAAGGGGGAUCAAACCUGGAACCAACAUGUUGCUGGCACGGCCGCUCCACCAACCUAGCAAUGUCGCCCCAAAAGAUGUGAGCUGUCUCAGCUUAAUGUUAAGUGACGAGCAUUUUCAGCAGUUGAAAUAAUAUUUGUAAUAUAGGGUUGUGUCGUUUGAGCAAUAAAGAAUUUGUAUAUUGUUACACGUUGUUGUUCC